AUGAUGCGUGGCAGCACUUUGGUUUUCCCCCUUCCUCGAGUGACUUCACAUUUCCGCUGUUUCGCUUCUACGUCUGCUAAUAUGGGAAGAGAGAACAUCGUCCACUAUCAGUUGGAGAGAGACAACGAGUCUGACUUGACCACGAGUCCGCCCAAUGGCAGGAUCCUGAAUGGACACAGCAACGGUACUGGCAAGGUUUUGCCUGCUGAGAGGUUGAACCAUCCAUUUACCCUCUCCAAAGAGUCUACAUUGUCGGACUUUCUUGAUAAUAACAGGUACUUUGUUGAAUCCAUCAAACACAACCACCUGAACCAGGUUUUUGAAAUAAAUGGCAAAGGUCAAAGUCCGCAUACGUUAUGGAUCGGCUGUUCCGACUCUAGAGCUGGUGAACUGUGCCUUGCAACCUUGCCUGGUGAAAUUUUCACUCACAGAAACAUUGCCAAUAUCGUCAAUGCCAAUGAUAUUUCGUCUCAGGGUGUAAUUCAAUUCGCUGUUGAUGUCUUGAAGGUCCGUAAAAUCAUUGUCUGUGGUCAUACGGAUUGUGGUGGUGUCUGGGCAUCUUUAUCAAAGAAGAGAAUUGGCGGUGUGCUUGAUUUAUGGCUUAAUCCUAUCAGACAUAUUCGUGCUCAGAAUAACAAAUUACUAGAUUCUAUGAAGCAUGAACCACGUGAAAGAGCAAAGAAAUUGGCAGAACUUAACGUUGUUGCCUCCGUUUUGGCGCUUAAAAGACACCCAUCUGCCCUGAAAGCCUUGAAGAAUGGCGAGAUUGAGGUCUGGGGCCUCAUGUAUGACGUGGGUUCGGGCUACCUCCUGGAAGUCGAGAUCCCACAAGACGAAUUCGAAGACUUGUUCCAUGUCGACGACGAAGACGUCGAAGACGAAUCCAACCCCCACUAA